UGGCGGUGCCCUGACGAUGGCGGCCAUUCUCCUGAGGGCAAGGCCCAAGGUGCCAGUAUCUUUUGAGGAUGUCUCCAUAUACUUCACAAAGUCAGAAUGGAAGCUUCUAGAUCUCAAACAAAAGAUCCUCUACAAACGGGUGAUGCUGGAUAACUAUAGCCAUUUGGUGUCGCUGGGAUAUGCCUCCUCCAAGCCUCACCUGGUGUCCCAGCUGGAGCGAGGGGAGCGACCCUGGGUGGCAGAUGUCAGAGCAAGGGCUGCAGCAGGAUACCGCACAGGUGAGUGAGACACGAUGCUGGCCAGCUUGUCUGACAAGAAACUUUCUGCAAGAGGAUUCCACGGAGCCCACCUUCAACGCGGUCAGGUGGCAAGGUCGUCUGUGCAGCAGGGAGCCACCUCGGAAGGCUUGGCCCAGAGAGGUCCCCAGGGACAGAAUCCCGUGCUAAGGCAACAGCGCUCCAAGGGCGCUGAGAAGCGGUUCCUGUGUCAGCAGUGCGGGAAAUCCUUCAGCCGCAGCUCCAACCUGAUCAAGCACCGCGUCAUCCACAGCGGCGAGAAGCCGUACGAGUGCGACGAGUGCGGGAAGCUGUUCCGGCGCAGCUUCGCGCUGCUCGAGCACCAGCGCAUCCACAGCGGCGAGAAGCCCUACGAGUGCGGCGAGUGCGGCAAGACCUUCACGCGCAGCUCCAACCUCAUCAAGCACCAGAUCAUCCACAGCGGCGAGAUGCCGUUCACGUGCCGCGAGUGCGGGAAGGUGUUCCGCCGCAGCUUCGCGCUGCUGGAGCACGCGCGCAUCCACAGCGGCGAGCGGCCCUACGCGUGCGACGAGUGCGGCAAGGCCUUCAGCCGCAGCUCCAACCUCAUCGAGCACCAGCGCACGCACAGCGGCCGCAAGCCCUACGCCUGCCCCGAGUGCGGCAAGGCCUUCAAGGGCGUCUCGCAGCUCAUCCACCACCAGCGCAGCCACAGCAGCGAGAAGUCCUUCGCGUGCCAAGAGUGCGGCAAGGCCUUCCGGGGCCGCUCGGGCCUCAGCCAGCACCGGCGGGUGCACAGCGGCGAGAAGCCCUACGAGUGCAGCGAGUGCGGGAAGGCCUUCGGCCGCCGCGCCAACCUGUUCAAGCACCAGGCGGUGCACGGCGGGGUGCAGGCCUCAGGGCGCCGGGGCCGCGGGAAGGGUCUCCGGCGCGGAGGCAUGCUUCUGGAGCACCGGCGAGGGCCCCGCGGGCCACGUCCCCAGGAGAGCGGGGACCGAAGCCCCGAAGCCCAGCACAGCCGCGACAGCCAGAAGCCCCAUGCUUGCGAGCAUUGCGGCCAGGCCUUCAACAGCAAGUUGCUACUGAGUCGUCACCUGCGCAUCCACGACAAUGAGAAGCCCCACACGAGCGGCCAGUGCUCCUCGGCCAAAGAGAGGAAGUCGCCACUCGGCCAUCCUCUGCAAUCCCAGUCCUUCGAGGGAAGCGACAACAGCGAAGGCAGUCCCGAGAUCCUGUCCCUUGAGAAGACCGAGGCGUCGCCGUGA